CAAGUAGAGGCAGCACAUACAUUAGCCGUCCCGGACCGAUCCAGGCACAACACAGCGACUGCCGUCUGUGUGGCUGUAAUGAAUACGAGCUAACAAUGCGCUGUUAGUUGCCGAAGAAACCCGGACAGAUCGUAGCAUACAUCACCGAGUAUCACUCCAUAUACUGGGCUCAACAUUUGUUUCCUGUUUUGUGACUCUCAAGUCUAUCGCUUUAUAGACAGCUAUGGGUGGGCUGGGAAACGGCCGUCGUGGAGGAAGAUCACCCCCUCUGAUGAUUGGCGCUCUCAUCGCCUGUAUCCUGGUUCUGGGCUUUAACUACUGGGUAUCCAGCUCCCGCAACCUGGAGCUACAGACGAAGCUGUACGAGUUGGAAGGCCAGGUGCGACGUGGAGCAGCGGAGCGAGGAGUAGCAGAGUUGAAGAAGACUGAGUUCCAGGAGGAGAUCCAGAGACAGAAGGAGCAGAUAAGCCACAUAGAAAGUCUCUACAAGAGACAGCUGGAAGGAGCCCAGAACACCUGCAGCCAAGAGAAGGGCACACUGCAGCAGAACAUUUCCUCCAGUACCAAAACCAUACAGGAACUUAAAGGCCAGUUGAAUCAGCUAAACGAUGACCUGGGGAAGCUUCAGAAGGAGCUGCAGAGUUGCCAAGGCAGCAUCAAAACCCUUAACAGCAAGCUCACAUAUGACAUGACCCAUUGUCAGUCCCAGGUCCUGUCCCAGAAGGAGUUGUGUGAUGAGAGAGUGGCCGCUGCUAAACUUGAAGUUCAGAAGAAAAUGGAGAAGCUCAUCCCUCCUCCAGCUGUUUCCUCACGGGAAAAUGCAGUGGAUGGAGUAGAAAAAGAUGACAGACCAGUCGUGACUGGGGUUGAUGCAGUAAAAACAUCAACUGCUGUAAGCCACACACCAAGCGAAAAUGAACCACCGGAACUACUGACCAAUGAGAUCAUCGUGGACAAUGCUCCUGAUGCCCCAGUAGACCUGCUUCCAGAGAAGGAUCUCUCCAAAGUCGAGUCCCAGUCUCUUCCAGCUUCAGCUGCUGCAGUCAAGCAGGACAUUUUGCUACCACCAGAGGGAGCUGUCACAACCGACGAGGGUGAGGCAGACACCAGUAAACUGUUGAACAACAAUCUAACCGAGGAGAAAGAGAUGGGACUGAUGGAUGCUCAUGAAGAGGGCCCUCAGACAGACGAGGCAGACCCUGGGAUGGAAGGCAUGCUGGUUGGCCAGGUGAAGGCAGAUGAGUCUCUUAUUGAUCAGAAACUUGAGGAGCAAGAUGAAUAUGACGAUCAAGUAGUGGGUAGAGUCGAUUCGGAAAAACCACAGCAGAGUAAACGGCCUGAAAAUAUGGACAAGGACAUGGAGGACGAGCUGGCUGACUAUAACGGGGAUGAUGAGAACGAAGGCGAGUUUGAAGCCGACAAACAAGCCGAGCUUGCUCGAACCUAAGGGCUGGAGUUGGAGCAGCAGCCCACACACCACAUUAGGAAGCAGGACCUGUUAUACACCUCAGCACAGCAGGUUAAUGCAGCCUCCCAAACACAAUGAACACAAACAACAAACCCGGAUGGAAAUUUCUUUAAGAAAGACUUGUGACAUCCGGUUUGGCCGUUACUUUCAUAAGCAUUUGCUUCUUGGAAUGUCUUUUAGGUGUCAUCGUAAUUGUAUUCUGUGCAUUUGGUUUGAUUACAUGUUUAUCAGUUGAAAGUGUCACGUUUUCUGUAGUCGUGUAAGAAUAUUUACAGCUUCAUAUCCAAUUCACAAUAUUCUGAAAGAGCCACAAAAAGUUAAAUAUGCAAAUGUCAGCUCAGUAUGUACUCUCAUGUUUUCCAUCCACACCGUGUACAUAAAGCCCAGAGGUGUGUUUACUGUGGUUCAUUUCAGUAUGUUGAGGUGAUAUGAAGGCACCUUCAAAGUACUUUUAUAGCACCUGCUUAGUUCGUAGUUCUUCAUACUCAUACAAACUCUUCAUCUCUACGUCUCAAGACUUGACACCAUUUGGCUUGAAAUAUUGUACAUCUCAACAUGCCUGGAAAUCAGUAGAUUUUGAUUAUGUGAUUAGAUGUGUUGUGUAUGUUCACUCUGUAAUGACUAUAACUUAAAUGCAGCAUAAGUGAUGAUAACGUGCAAACCCUUAUAGGGUUAUGAGGUUUGAAAUACUGAAUUAUCCCAAUGAGAGAGCUCGUCAUGCAGCACAGACAUCUUCUCUUCCACAGGUUCAACAGCAUCUGAAACAAUGCCUUAAUUUACUAUUGUACAGUCUCUCCUAGGGCCAGGACAUUUUGCUCUACAAAAAUACAUAUGAGGCUUUCCGUAACUGCAGCAAGUUAAAGGAACGUACCGAGAUUCUUGUUAGACUGCUGAGUCCAAUUGUGAUGCUAAACAGCAGCUUCUCUUGAUUCCCAUGUAGCCAAAAAUGCUGUAAAAAGCAAGGUGGGCUUAAUAGACGUGCCACAUAACAAGCAGGCAAAUACACCUCCUGGAUUAGACUUUGCCAGGUUUUAAACAUACUAUAUUAUAAUAAUUAUAUUAUAAUUGCUGUAACAAUGAGCAAUAAUUUCUGAAGUCUCAGUUUGUCGAAUGGCUUUUGGUAUUUCAGUGGCAGCAAGCCUUUUAUUCUCAGCUGUAUUUGGGAUCAGUGUCACAAGCAGACGAUGCGUGCUGCGCUCAACAUUUGGGAUCAGUAAGACAGAAUGUUUAGAGUUACAGUUUUAGAUUAUAAUGAAGGGAAUAGGUUGGACCAUCCGGAUAUUUGCAGAUAAACAAUCUUAUUUUGUUUUGAUGCAUGCCUUAUCAGUUGUGCGUACACCAGUUUCCCCCUACAGUCCGUUGUUUCAGAGGUCACAUGUUGAGCUCAGAGUUUUGUGGAUGCUGCCUCUGCUGAAUUGAACGGACUGUAUGUUUUGUGGAAAACGUGGAGAGGGAUUUUUUGGGGGAAUUGCUGUAACAUUAUGAAGGACAUUCCCUUGAAGCAGGAACAGUGCGUUCAGCCAGUAGAUGUGAAUUAUUCAGUAGUGCUAAAAUAGUAUUAGUCCAUCCAACUUGAAGCUGCACUAGACUGGAAAUUGUGUGGAUGAGCGCAAACACAAACUAAUAUUAGAUAUCAGAAAUAAUGAAAAGUUUGUUAUAUUUUGUGGCGGGAUCUUUUUUUUUUUGCCUUGUGUUUUAUACAGGACAGAUGAUUUAUGUUAUUUUCCACGUACUGUAAAUUGUGACUUUGACUAACACCCACAGUAACUCAGUACGUUGUAGUGCAAUGCCAUAAUUUCCAUAAUGCUUUGACUUCUUAACGCAGAAUCAUGUAGUGGAAAGUUAUCUUCCUAGACUCUUUUUAUUUGCCUAUCUGAACUCUGUCUCCGUGUGAUUACACUAGGUAGUUCAAAUGCAAUGUGCGUUAUACUCUCCAUGUACAGUUCACCUCACCUGCCUGAAACAAAGACAGGUGUGCAGGAGAGAACUGAAAUUUUAUAACUCCAAAGGAUAUCUUGUCUAUUUAAAUUCUUUUAACAUCUGUGGCUGCUUAGCCACAGUUAAGUACGUUUCCCGACAGAUGCUGAAUUUUAGUGAAAUGUCUCUUCGAUGAUAAAAUGCACCGCACCUAUAAAGUUCCCCCAAUGAUGAUAAAGGUUCAGCCAUACAUUCAGAAUAUAUGGAUUUACUCUGUCAUACAUUUUGACAGAUUUUGUGUCUUUUUACACUUUUGAAGCACACAGAGAAUAACAACAGGAACAUUGUAGAGUUGAAUAAUUUGACUGCUGCUCUCAUUAUAAGCUUCAUAUUUACAAAAACACGAUUCUACAGGCGUCAUCAAACUUUUCAUUCUUAUUUUGUGUCAGCUCUUCAAAACAAGUGACUUUAUCUUUUCACCAAAAAGGCAAAAUCAGAUGGUGUAGUACACUCUUUUAAAUGCGUUUCCUUAUAAACUCGUUAUGUUUUGAUACUUUAGAGACUUUGAGGACUUGGACUGGAAUUUAAAAUGAGUUACGUGAUGAAGAGUCGGUAACAUUUCAGUACAUCAGGUAACUUUUCCUUUCAGGAACACAAAUAAAAUAUUCUAAACAUUUUCCGAUUUAAAAUUUCAAUUUCAAAUCUAAUUUCUCAUCCUAAGUCGUAUCAAUUUUGUUAACUUAUUUUUUAUUUAUGUUAUAUUUUUUAAACGGGGCCUGGUCAUCAUGUUUUAAAAUAACCAUACAAAUCUGGAAUCUGACUGCUGGUGGCAGGUUAAUUGUCUCCCUUUUGGUUGAUCUUGCAGGGGAACUACUACUGUUGCUGAGAUUUACAUUUUUUUUGUAUUAUUGUAUUAUUUUCAAAGUUGUCGUUUGUUGUCGGUUUUGUUGCCUGACUCUGCAGAGCUCGUCCGAGCUACAGCUUUGUUUUGUCAGAAUGCUUUGUCUGCCUAUUUGUAUAAAAAGUCCCAUUUUCUGAACUAGGAGUCUGUAUACCUGAAGAGAAAAUGUUAAUGAAAAUGAAAUGAUUUUUAUAAAUUGGAUUCUCUUUUCUUUUUUUGAUUUCAUAUGUUUGUAUUUUAUUUUGAACUGCUGAACAAAUUUGUGAAAGGUUUAAAUAAUCAUAGGAUUUAUUGAUGAUAGAAAAUAAAAAAUGUUUUAUUACCACUAUCAAGA